CAGCGCACGGCCCACCAGGUCGCUCAUUUGAAGUCUCUCCCUCAAACAUGAAUACCGAAGAUUGAGACUGUCGAAAAAAUGAGCCUUUUCAGCGGUUUAAAUGUUGUGCCCAAAACGGCGGCAGCGGCCCAGGCGUCGCCCAGUGUUGCCGAGCAUGCGGACCCCGCAACUGGCGUGACAGCAGGACAACAACAAGCGCCAGCACAACCACCGGCAGCUGCGCCUGCGCCUUCAGCAUUCUCUUUCGUAAAACCGCCCACACCGACGAAUGUUGCUCCUCCUUUCGCACCGCAACCAAGGGCAGCUGCUGGUGGCGGCACCGCCGCCGGCCCAUCGGAGCUGUCCUCCAUCUAUCCACCACCAGGAGCAGCAACUUCGGCCUCCCCCGGCAUCAACAUGGUCCCACCAAUCGACACCAAUCUGGCGCUGUCCCGCAGUAACUCCAACAGUACGGUAAGGACCGAAAACACAGUUUCUGUUGUUGCAGGAGUGGAAAUAAAAUCAAACCUCCACCAGCAGCAGUCCACCGUUGUCCCCGUAGAAGUGAAUCCGGAGCUAAUGCUGCAACAAGGACAGCCGCGAAAGAAAACGCGCAGAGCCAACGCACCCGGGUUCCUCGCGAAGGCUUCUGCGCCCUCGCCGGUCGCCGCGGCGGCGGAGGCAAUGCAUGUGGCUGGAGCUGCUCCUGGAAUGGUGCCGACCGCGAACGGAGGAAUAAGUAGGCCUCCGCAGCCCCCGCCUGCGCCACCUGCUGUGCCGCAGUACUCAUCCAAGUCGAAAGAAGGAGAAGACGAAAAUGAUCAUGACCACGACGACGAGCGAAUACGUACAGAUGAAAAUGAAAAUAGCAGCCAGCCCGUCGUGGUAGGUCCGACGAUUCUGACCACCAACGCAGCUAACACUCCCGGAGGCGAAAGUGCGAAAUCUGCGUCCACUACAGGUCCAGGAGGAUCUACUACGCAGUUACCACUACCAAGCACAACAGGACAAGCCGACACAAGAACUACAGCCUCUUCCUCCAAACCCCAUCCACCUCCCGUGGAGGAACAGCCCACGCCGUCUGGCGGCGGAGGUAUGGUUUCGUCUAUGUUUUCCUUCUUACGCGGCGCGGUAAGCAGUAGCGGAUCUUCGUCCACCACGGCGGGAGGUGGUGUCGCCAGUACGGGCAUGACGCCACCGCCGUCCGGAUCGACAACAACGACAAGUAAACAGAGCACGCCGCCGCCACCACCACCACCGCCGCCAGUCACUAGUAUGAUGAACAACAAUACUAGCAGUGCUGCAAGUGCUGGGACAAUGCCUGGAACGCCGGUGAAUAUUAAAGCAGUAGCAGCACCCUCUGCCUUCGGUUUCUUGCAGGCCCCGGCGAGUGCGACGAUGGGGCAGCAACAAGGAGGAGGAUCUUCUACCACUUCCGGUAGCGCAGCGGCUAAUACGCAGCAGCACUAUUCCGUUCCGCUCGGAGGGUCAGCAACAAGAACAGCAUCAUCCUCGGACGUCAGGCCGUCGUCCCCUGCGGCCGUGUCCUCGACCACAAAUGCGGGAGGGAUGAAUAAAACGUUGGACCAAGAAAUCGCCAACGUUUUCAACUGUGCCGGGCUGCAGCAUUUGUUUGUCAAGGUCAAAGCCGUGCACGAGAAGGAGGAGCAGGCCACGCUGGAAAGACUCGAGUUGCAGCAAAAGGGACUGCAGGAGGCGCAAGCCAAGGUAAGUCUGAGUCGUGCUAGGUAGGGUUUACGACCACGUUGUUUCUAUUGAUUCAUCUGAUGCGUUGCAGCACUGCUCGUAUGUGCCUGUACUUGUACUUCUACACCAGAAAUGUAAGCAGGAGGACAAGCACAGCUCGCGUUCGUCUCCAUUGCAUUUAAAACUCGAAGACAUAUUGUUUGACAGCAAGAAUUAUGGAACACAACGUCUACUUCAUACAAAUCACGCACGACCAGAUUCACGCCCUCGAAAGCGAGUUGGCCAAAGCAGAGGAGGAGCAGUUAGCGUUGUGUGAAAGUGAAAAAUUCGCGGAGGCCGAGCUGGUAACGGACCGGAUUGAGCGAAUCAAGGGCGAAAUUGUGGACACGUCGAACCGAGGAAAUAACCGCAGCACUGAGUUCUUGCAGGAGCGCGAGUAUCUGCUGUCCUUAUUUCGGCGAAUGGUCGUGAUGCUAUAUGUCAAGGCAGCUUAUGGUGGAUCAAGCACGCUAACGUUUUUCUGACUGUGGUUGUUUUUCAUCUCGAUGCCCUGCUCGCUGUGAGCUCACUCUAGGCACCGUAAAGAAGCUUUUGCAAGUGGUUGUACUCCUACUAACUCUGCUGAACUACAUCCUACACUACUAUAUCAACAACAUCAUCAUCUUCCACCAGGUCUCUGUCCCGGGCCCGGCGCGUUGCGGCACUGCAGCUGGCCAGCCACGUGGGCGCGCUGCUGAACAAGGCGGGCCUUCUGAAAGAAGAGGCGGAGUCGUACUUUGCGCGGCAGCGCGACACCCUGGAGACGAAGAUUUCCACGGAAACGCGGCGGCUCCGCGCGGAGAAGCAGCGCAUCGAAACGAACCGUGACUACAACCUGCGCGAGUCCACCCAUUUGGCGGAGGAGCGACAGCAGAUCGACAACGCGAUCACGUCGCAAACGGAAACGUUUCAGGACCAAUUAACUCUGGCGGAGGGCAAGGAGAAGGUUCUGCAGGAGGAGAUAGCGGAGCUGCAGGCGAAAUUGGCGCAGAAGUUCUCGGAGCUUUCCGAGGUGCAGGCAAGCAUCGGCGACAAUCGCAUGAAGAUUUCGACCGUGCAGAGCAAGUUCACGCGGCAGUUCGAGAGGAUGACGAAGACGGAGUCGCGGCUGCUGGAAAGCAAGGCGGAAACGAAGCUGGACGUGCAAGCAUUGCAGCAGGCAGUGGAGGACUGGAAGGUGGAUAAAAAAGCGCUGAAGACCAUCGACAAGCGCAAGGUCUUCGAGCUCGAGAACCUCACCACUGAAGAAACGCAGAUGGCCCUGGUGCUGCUCGAGGUCGAGGCCUAUCUGGUCGCACUGGUAGGAGGAGGGGCAGCGGCUGAAGGGACCACGGCCACGGGCGCUGCCAGUAGCACAAGCGCAACGGCAACAUCAUCAACGUCGUUGGCCAUGAUGAAGACCACGCCGAGUUGUAAAACUUCGCCAGAGGAGGCUUCGCUUUUGAGCCAGACCGCGAGCUAUCAGCAGCGGCUCUCUGCGGUUGUGUCCACCUUGGCAGCAGUAAGGGGCUCAUCAAAAACUUCUUCAAGACCCGAGCAGAACGAUGAAGAAGUUCUUUCGCCCCCUCCUGCGGGCAAUGAAGACGACACACCGGCAGGCGGUGUUGUUGUUGUACCAGACUCAACUAAAAGCCAGACACAGCAACUCCCUCUGCGCAACAAUCUUGUCCUGCUGCGUAAGGCGCUGGACGACAGUCAAGAAACCUUCCGCCUCGCGUCCAGCGAUCUCGCUGAGAAGCGAUGUCACGUGCAGAAUUUAGAAGCAAAGGUGAAAGCACUAGGCUUGGAAGAUUGUACGACCAAUCCGGGGGACGAGAAUUCCAAUGCAACCCUUUCCCAGACCGAGCUGUUUCAAAUCGAAAAGGACAAACUGGAGGCCGAAAAGAAGCUCGCGAUCGCCGCCCGGAAUUUCAAAGAGGCUGGACGGCUCACCGCAGAAGCGAAAUCGCUGGAGAAGCGAAAGCAGGACUACGAGGAGCUGCAGGAGAAGAAAAAGCUUGAGCUGGCGGAAACGCAGCAACUCCUGGUGGAAAAGCGGGCGGGGUUGGAAGCGGAAGAAAAGGAGGCGAAGGCGAAAGAGGCCGACGCUGACAUCUGCGAGUACCUGGUCACGGAGGCGGUGUUGAGCCGGUUGAAAGGUGGCGGCAAUGCUAGAACAACGUCGGAGGUCGUGCAACACGGUCGUGAGGGGACCAAGAAAAGCGCUGGUGCGCCAGUAUCUACUCCAGCGUCAGGCGGCGUGGGUGGGUGUGUUGAGGAAGCUUCUCCACCGGCGGAAGAGCCUGUUCUAUUACUCUCUAACAUGAAGACCCAGACCGCGAAAGAGUGCGAAAUGUUGCAAAAACAUCUGGCGUACCUGGGCCAAAAAGUGCUGCAGCUUUCUCUUCACACGGGUGGUGCAGCGACAGCCACAGCCACGGCUAGUAGUACCGCUGCGGGCGGACAAGACGCGAAGUCUUCCAACGCGCCCGUGCUCGAGCACAUCUUGAGUGACAAAUUGGAACAAAUCGCUGCAGAUGCAGAACAAGGGGACGAGAAAUCAGCGGAACAAAGAGCGGAAGAUGCUCGCAAAAAGAGCGACAAAAAGAGUUCUUCGCCACUCUUUUACCUCUCGGACGAUUCCGAUUCGACGUCGAAGCGACAAGCAGAACUUGGUAAGCAGAUCGAGGCGCUGUGGGCCAGCCUGGUCGGAGGAGUUGUGGGCGCAGGAGGAUCUACUUCACGCGGUGUCGCGGUCGUCACCACAGCUGGAACGGCAACGAACGCAGGAGGAGGACAGAAUGAGGACGGGGCGGUGAGCGACGACGAAUCGGAUGUCGGUGCGGAGGAAUUUUUGAUUUCUGAGGAAAUCUCGCAUGCAGCACCAGGUGGAGCGGUUGUGGUUUCAGAAGUCGAAGCCUCGUCCUCCUCCCCUGAUAAAGUGGUAAAAAUGAACCAGGAGCACGAGCAGACACUUGUUCUUGGUGGCGCGCCGCCACCGCCGACCGAUGUUCCCGCGAGCGCCACUGCAAAGAACAGUGAGCCAAGUGAAACGCCAGACCGUGGGCAACAAGAUAAAAAUCUGCGACAGAAUGUUGAUUUUCCACCAGCUAGUACAGCCCAAAGUGAUCAUGUUGGUCAAAAGGGCGAUAGUGACAAUGUAGCAGAAGGAGCAGCUGCGGUGGAACAUCAAAGAGUGCAAAAAGAGUUAUCUUCGCCAGCAGUGCAGCCAGCUGAAGGAGAUGAAAACGAAAGAGCAGCGCCUCCUUGUCCUCCUUCUGCUGUAACAGAUGCGACACGGGUGGUGAUACAUCAAGAACAUCACCAGCCCUCCAUCGAAGACGACCCCGAGCUGCUGGCUCGGAAAAUAGAGCUUGAACUCACUAUUGCCGACGUGGUUGAGACUGUACUGCCGGACCUGGAGGUGGCGAUCAACGACUGUAUAGAGAACGAGCGUAUCGUCCGGUGAAAGUAGGUGUGUCCUUCUCGUGAGCGACUCCGAGCGAGUUGUUCAUGUUCUUGCAAAGUACUUACUACUGAAUCGCAGUGCUGCUGCUCUGCUUUCUUUUGUUUGUAUGUUGACAAAGUGCAUUUUUACACGUAAAAGUAACUCACUGCUUUUGCCUUGCAUAGCGAAAUUUGAAAAAGCGGACGAGUUAGAAGCGCAGAGGUUGGAACAGCAGCAAAACCUUGCCAGCAUGCAGACCGAGCUGCGAAAACUCCUAGCCGAUGUGAAGCCUCCAAUUAAGCAGGAAAACCACCACGACGAGAUCGAAGCUCCGUCUACCCCGCAGGAACUACGAAAGGUGGUUUUACAGGAGGGUGCGCACGAAGCGGCCGAAGAUGAGGAAGGUGAGAGAUCAAUUCCAAGACAACCAAGCACCGCGGACGAGUCUAGUAAAGGAGCAACAAUAUCGCCAGUUGCGAUGAAUACUACAACAACCGGAUUGAUUUCGUUCAUUGACGAUGAUGCGUUGCAGACGAACUUCGAUGUUGGCCUCGGCACCGCCAGCCUGAUCACCAGUUCUACACCAAUAGGCGGGCCCGAUGCACAUGCACAUGGUGCAGGUGCACUGCAAGAAGAGGACAACCUUUUGCUCAUUCCGCCUGCAACUGCGAAUACAUCCUCAACAGCUACGGAAAUCCUGUACUGUGCGGACCAAACCCGAAUCUUGGAGGAGGUCUUCGCGCCCUCACCGGCCCUGACCGACCACUCAUCCGCGGCGGCCAACGAGCUCUAUUUUCUGGAGGAAUUAUGACUUUCGCUUUUCCUUAGCUGCUGAUCAUGCUGAUGCUGGCUAGGACGAGGUCAAGAACAGGUGCUGGCGUGGUUCCUUGAUCAGUGUCACGCUACAAUACAGCGACAGUGCCGGCAAAGGAAACCACGAGAAAACCAGGAGGGGCAGAUGAGACAUGACAAAACCAACGGUGUCAUUCGAUGUCCCAAUUGCUGCAACGCUCGAAAAAAGUUUUUGAAGAGUCAAUUUACCUUGAAAGUAUCUUUUCUCCGAAUCGGAAGCGGAAGGUAAUUUCUGAUAUUACCUCAUUGAGACUUUCACGGCACGGUUGCGAGGCUUUACAUGUGCUAGUAGCGACACCGACAUAACAGCGACAUAAGUCAAAAACUUUUCUUCCUGGAACGACACUGAACAUCCAUGCAGGCCCGAUUGUUUCCUGGAGGCUGCUGAAGCUUCAU